UAAUUUACUUCCAGCCGGCUCCAGAGCUCGGCAGCAAAAUUCCAGGCAGCGUUCCUAAAACCAGACCCGGCGGCUUGUUUGGAUUUAAAACCUCCUUCCCCUCCCCUCCGGGAUACAACUUCCACCUUCUCCCAAGGCUUGGGGAGAACCCGGCGAGGUGUGGAAGCAGGAGGUCUGGGUGGGAGCGGGGCUGCCCCAGAGGCGGGGUCUUCAGUGCCUUAAAUUCGUCCCCAGAGCUCCGGUUUCCAGCAGCAGGGGCAUGGCUUGACCGCAGCGGUGGCGGCGGCAGGAGUUUAUCUAGGGCAAGGCACAGGAAUGCCGACGGAGGAGGGCAAGCCGCCGCAAGAAGCACCAUGUCUCCGUGAGUUAUAACUGAGUAGCCCUUAUGACCAACAUGAGCUGGAGCUUCCUCACCCGCCUGCUAGAAGAGAUUCACAAUCACUCCACCUUCGUGGGGAAGGUCUGGCUCACCGUGCUCAUCGUCUUCCGCAUCGUCUUGACGGCGGUCGGCGGGGAGUCCAUCUACUCGGAUGAGCAGAGCAAGUUCACCUGUAACACCAAGCAGCCUGGCUGCGACAACGUCUGCUACGAUGCCUUCGCACCGCUGUCGCACGUCAGGUUCUGGGUCUUCCAGAUCAUCAUGAUCUCCACCCCUUCGGUCAUGUACCUGGGCUACGCCAUCCACAGGAUCGCCCGGUCGGCGGAGGAGGAGAAGAAGUUCAAGGGGUUCAAGAAGAAGAAGCAGUUUGCUCUGAACUGGCAGGCGGUGCGCAACAUGGAGGACCCGAUGGAGGCAGACGAGGAGGAGCCCAUGAUCUCCGACGACACGGCAGACAACGAGAAAGCCAAAGCCAAGCCCAAGAGCAAAGAGCCACAAAAGCACGACGGGCGGAGGCGCAUCCAGCAAGAAGGACUGAUGAAAAUCUACGUCUUCCAGCUACUUACCAGGGCUUCGUUUGAAGUUUGCUUUUUGAUAGGGCAGUAUUUGCUCUACGGUUUCGAGGUGGAAGCUUAUUUUGUCUGCAACAGACUCCCCUGCCCUCACACCGUGGACUGCUUCGUGUCCCGGCCGACAGAGAAGACGAUCUUUCUGCUGGUGAUGUACGUCGUGAGCUGCCUGUGCUUACUCCUCAACAUGUGUGAGAUGUUUCACCUGGGCUUCGGGACCAUCCGGGACGCCAUUCGCAACCGGAAAAUCAACAGCUUCAGGCAGCCCCCCUACAACUACGCCUACCCGAAGAACAUCUCCUGCCCUCCCGAGUACAACCUGGUGGUGAAAUCUGAGAAGUCCACCAAGAUCCCCAACAGCCUGAUGGCUCACGAGCAGAACCUGGCGAACGUCGCCCAGGAGCAGCAGUGCACCAGUCCCGACGAGAACAUCCCCGCAGACCUGUCCACCCUCCACAAACACUUGCGAGUGGCCCAGGAGCAGCUGGACAUAGCGUUUCAGAGCUACAGCAGCACCCAGGCCAACACGCAGCCCUCUCGAACCAGCAGCCCUGCCUCAGGGGGCACGGUGGUGGAGCAGAACAGGGCCAACACCGCCCAGGAGAAACAAAGCGCGAAACCUAAGGCCUCCUUGGAGAAAGGGAGCUCCAGCAGUAAAGAUGGAAAGACGUCUGUAUGGAUAUAGCUUGAGAGGGCAGCGUACGUGCGGUUUUAUUUUGCUUUGUUUCUGGUUUUCGGUAUUGUCUUGAGUUCAUUUCGCAGGGCACAGACGCAACUUUGAUACAGAAGUCAAGAGAGAAAAUUCAGACCAGUUUAGUGCUGUCUUCCGGUGCAUUAACAAAAGACGUUUCCUUCCUCUUCCCAACGCGUUCUCCAGCUGGGAAACUCCAGCGAGCAACAGCGAACGCCGCAUCCCGCCGGGACCGGCUGCGAGCAGGCAGCGCAAGGACGCAGCGCUGUAGGUCAGAUAGCGUUUAAUUACUAAAUACCCUUAAUCAAAAUUAACUUCUGAUCCCUCCAUGGGAAGGGAAAACGACCAGGUCCGUGGCAGUGAACUUCGACGACAUGCUGCCCUGCCUGAACCUGCAGACCUCAGGCAUCGCCGAGGGUGGCAGAGACGCGUGCUGCGAGCAGUGGCCCAACACCCACACCGCAAACACAGCACGGGAGGUUUUCAUCUUUUGGUUCCCUGGGCUGAAACACCAAGCAACUACGACUGACCACCCUCGCAGAGGCGGUGGGAAGCUCUGGGGUUAGGGUGUUUGCAGCAACCGCUGCUCCACAUCAUCAGAAAGUGCCUUUAUGCAACCAGGAAAACAAAAUCGCAAAGGGUUUCGACUACGUGGUUUGCUAAUUCGAGCAGAGAUGGGAAGAUCGGCGUCGGCAGAUUUGUUUUUCUGUUUAAUCAAACCCUUCUAUCUAGUGGCAGAGAGCAAAUCUAUGCAUCGCGUGUACAUGGGGUGUGCGUGCACACACGUAUGUACAUGGACCCAUGAACAUGUCUGUGUGACUAUAGAUGUAGAGAGAGAUAUAUAAAUGUAAUAUCAACCCUCUGGUGAUUUUACAGCCUUCCAGCCUCUCUGGGCCACGGGCAGGUUUCCACACACUUGUCUGGGGGCUCAGCAGCAGCUCCUGCUUCCCUGGGGGCCAGCAGCAAGAAGUUUUCCCCUGGUUUAUGGACAGCUUCUUUUGGCUUCACUUGGUUUUAGGGUGAGUUUGGGGAGCUAAGCUCCAAGGCUCCUGCUAGUGCUGGAUGUGCUUUGCCAGGAUGGUUUCAUGCCAGGAGCUGAGACAUCCCUCAGAUGCUUGAGGCUUGGCAGAUGCUCUUGCAAUACUCAAACAGUUGAUUCACCACCAUGGCCAAGGUCAUGCUUCAGGUGAAGGAAGCAAAUCCUUUCUGAGCAUAGCACCAUCCCUGUGCUGAGCUGCUCCCUCACGGCUGUACCAGCACAUGAGUCCCCAUGAAUUUCUCAUCCACUGGAUGGGUGUAACUUCUUGGUGGGCAUCUUUCUCCUGUCCCUCAGAUCAGUCUCUGAAAGCCUCACGGGUGCCAGUUGUCAUGGGACAGCCCUUGGGGACCUGAGGGUGGCCAUCAGCACCGGGUCACGGCACCAGAGCUGUGCAAUGCCUUUGGGGAACAGUGCUGGUAGCAAAAAAGAGAUCAAAAAGAUGCAAAGAAACAUCCUAUGAGGUAUCCAGCUACAAAUAUUCAGCUUGCUUUUGGGGAAGAGUCUGGGGAGCAGCUUCAGGCUUUUUCCUGGUCCCACUGAGGGCACUGGAGAAAUGCCUGGAGCGCUGCCUGCUCUCGCUGCUGGAGAUAUUCCCUUUGAAAAAGCCCACAUGAAUCCAGGAGGAGGAUCAGCACCUCCUCACAGCAGCAAGGGGCAGCAGCAGCACACCCCGGUCGCGUGGAGGGAUGCUUUGUGCCAUGAAUUCUCCAUGAAGGGCUCAUAGAGUUCACACCGUGGUGGUAGGACACACAUAUCACACGGCUGGAGGGACCGGGUGCUGGUGGGUGAGCUCCUGAAGGUGCAGGGAGGGCACAAGAGGAGCUCCGGGUGGACAUUUACUCCCUGGCACUUACAGCAGACACCAACCUGUCCCGCACACUGAUGGGAAAUCCUCACCAAGGGAAUCCCCCGCGUGGCCUGAGCACGUCCUGGUGACCCUGGUGGUCACUGCCAGCGAUGGGGUGAGGUCCUGGGGCUCUCUCAGAAGCCCACAAUGGAUCCAUUUCCACACCUGCAGGUUCAGAGAUGCUCAGAGAAAUGGGGCUGGAAAGGAACACGGAUCUUCUCACCAACUUGCCAACAUCAAACACAUCCCCAAAGGCUAGCACCCACCCCCUGCUGCCACCCCUGGCUUCUCCUCUGCUCGGCAGACACAAAGAGCUGCUUCUUCCCUUUGUGUCUGCAGAAGGUUUGGGGUGCCUGAAGAUGGUUUCUCUCUCUCUUUUAUUAUUAUUAUUUUUUUUUAUUUUUAUUUUUUAUUUUUACACCAUGGAUCCAGCAUGAUGAGAGGGGUUUUGGGAUGCUCUUGGUCCUGCAGCAGAUCCACAGCCUCCUCCUCACCCCGUGCAACACGCACACGCUAUUUUCCAUAGUGGGAGCCGAUAAUUGCAAUAUUGACGAGUGCUGGAGCCGGGGCAGACACUCGGGGGAUCGAUACCAGCUCCUCAUCGGGCAGGGCAACCGCUUGCUCGGCCGCCCUCACAGCCAGCCCUGCUCAUCUCCAGGGCUUGAAACCUUCUCUUGCAUCAAAGGCUUUGCAUAUGGGGGCCGAUCUCGCAUCCCUAUUUCUUUUUUCCAAGCGUUUUGACAGGGACCAGAGCACACAGUCCGUGGCAGGACUGCUCGGUGCCGGAGAGGGACAUAGGGUAUCCUGCCAGGCCCCAUUAACUCCUCUCACUCUGAGUCAGACACGCAUAGAGGGUUAUAAUUGUAAUAAUAUUAUUAUUGUAUUGCUCACUUCCUCCUUUCCUCCUCCGCUGCUUGGCCCCUGAAGCCCUCAGGACGUUGUGUCUUCCACUGAGCCACCACCAGCAACGCGACCGGCAUGCACUGAGCGGCUCCUUCCAGGGCAGGAGGAGUAAGCCCACCUCCAUCUGGGGAGCAGAAGGCAAGGAAGGCAAAAAAAAAAAAAAAAACAGAGCCACAAGCCUAAAAAAAAAAAACCCUCACAAGCCCCACCGGCAGCCAGAGGAAUUUCAAGUAGACGACUGGCAGCGUCGGCCGCGGAGGAGACGCCAGGAGAAUAAUUAACGCUUCGCUUUUCUUCCUGCAGGUCAUUUUGUUCACGCUCCGGACGGGUUUAGCUCUGUAGCUGAACUAAUCAUAAAUGUUGACACUCUCGCUAAGCUUUGCCGGGUAAAGCACCCGCCCUCGCGUUUCUGUUCUUCCUAUUCAGGGCCAGGAAUGUCCCGCGUAAAAGCCAGAUUACCUUGUUGCUUGCAUCGCAUUCCUCUGGGAAAUACUUGAACUUAACUCGAGGCCAUAACCAGUCUGUGCUGUUAUGAAGUUUCUGGGAUUUUUUUUUCGUUGUUGGUUUGUCAAUUUUAUUUUUUUUUUAUGUACUAACUGUAUUUGUACUAGAAAACCUUUGAGUAUGAGGUUGAAUCUCUAAGUAUUUUUUCAGUGUAAAUGUUCCAUCUGGGCUGUGGUUAGAAAACGAAGCACUGGGCAAAGGAGGGAUACAUGAGCCCGCCUCUUCAACCGGCUAUUCCACAUCCAUUACUAAUAAAUGGAAUAAAACUUACAUUUUGUUACAGUA